AUGUCCGAAUCUCGAUCUUUUUUGGAUAUUUUCCGCGGAGAUAAGCAAGAUAAGCAUUCCACUGUCGACUUCUUAACUUCCUCCUCUUUCAUCUCCCCGCGGAUCCGCCCAAGUGAUUCCGAGCCUCCAAAGCCACUCGGCAGGAAGGCGCCACGCGGGCGAAGGGUACGCACAACCGUACCUGCCGAGGUUCAACAAGAUACCACUCAAGUGGUGACCACCUCUUCGGAGACCACAGCUCCGAUUCCGGUUGUUCCCGCUACACAGACCACCGCAGAGUUGGUGACCACGGGCAUUCAGCCAACUGCUCCAAGUGUUCCUCCCCAGGAGACCACUCAGGUUGUGACGUCUGUGGUCCAGCCCACGGAGGCAGAUACCACCCAAGUCGUCACUACCGUGGUCCAGCCGACAGACACCGCCAGUGGAGCAAAUCGAGUUCAAGUUCUACAAGAAACCCACGCAUCAGUCGAAUUGGUAACCACAGAGACCACCGACAACAACGAUACAACUCAGCAGCAACCCGCACAUUCGCAAAUCGCCAACGAGUCCGACGUUCAGUCACGAGCACGAGCGCAGAAGGGACAAAGUCGAAGGCAGUUUCAACCUUUGCUGCAAAGACAUCUCGCGAGAAGGAGAGCACAAUCGCUCUCAUCCGAACAAGAAACAGAAACAAUGGCAGACAGUCAGCGCACGAGCAAUGCAGGCUUCUCACCGGAGCAAUGCGAAUACUUAGCAGCCAUGGUCGAAAGCGCCGUAGCACGGGCCAUGGCGGCAGCUCCAGCAAGGGGUACUGGACCUCCCGGACCUCCCGGACCACCAGGCCCUACCAACACAGGUCCCGCCGGGCCACCCGGACCCCCAGGACCCCAGGGACCCAGCGGAGCAGUGAUAACCGCUGAUACAUCAUGGAAGGUAGCGGAGAUUGGUUGCUUCGACCCUGACAGCAAGGCAGUCAACGCUAUCAAAUCAGUGAACAACGUCAGCUAUUACACUAACGUUUACUCAUGGGUGGAUCAUAUGCGUGAUAUCACAAAGCUCAAGUCCGAAGAUGUCGUGCGCUCCCAUAUGAGUUAUUCUCUAAGAAACAAGGCAAUAAACUAG